AUGAUGAUGUUAUAUAAUUAAUUGGAACUACAUAUAUACCAUAAAAAUAUACAAGUAAUAUCUUUAAAUAAGUCUAGUUUCAUCUAAUUGAGGGAAAAGCUAUCUUAAUCAUUUAUAGAUGAGGAUAGAACCUAGAAAUAGGAAAUAUAUGAACAUAUAUUAAAUUUAAUAUAUUAAAAGGUUCAAAUUCUCUAUUAAAAAGAGUAAACUAAAAUGAAGCUUAAUAAUAUCGAAAAAAUAUAUGAAAUGAAGAAAUUACUAAAAUAAAAUAAAAUUUAUAAAUAGAUUAAUACUAAAAAUUUUCAUUAUAAUACUUAAAAAAAACAUGAAAGGAAUUUGUAACAGAGUACUAAAAAGGAUUUAAUUCAUUACAAAGUGUUUGAGAUGAGAUUGACUAAUUUAAUGGAUGAAUAAUUUUACAAAAUGAGAAUAGAAUUGACUAAAUAACAAUAAUCUAUAAAAGAGACUAAAGAACAAUACAAACAAGAAAUGGAGUAUAAAAUCGAAAAUCUAAGUUAGGAUGUAAUGAAUGAAAAGAGAGAUAAAUGAUUAGAAUAUGAUUGAUUGAUAAAUGAAAUAUUAAGAGUUUGUUAGAAUAAGUAUUUUCAGUAUAGGAAACAUUGAAUUAAGGAAAAGUAUAAAGAUCAGAAUCUUAGAACUAAAUAGAUGUUAGUAUUUAAGAGAUAAAUGAUAUUCUAAAUUUUGAAUUGACAGAAGAAAAAGUAUCAAAAGAGAUGAGACUAACAGAACAAUGA